AUGAUUAAAAUUGGACUAGAAUGGUUCGCUACACGAAAAGGUCUGGGCGCCACGAGUCAUCUUGAGACAGGAGGAUUUGCAAGAUCAAAUGACAAAGUUGAACAUCCUGAUAUUCAGUUCCAUUUCCUACCAUCCACUGUCCAUGAUGACGGUCGGACAGUUGCUAGCUGUCAUGCGUACCAGGUUCAUGUGGGUAAUAUGCGGACGAAGUCUAAAGGGUGCAUCAAGUUAGCUUCCAACGACCCGAGGCGACACCCGAUCAUUGACCCGAAUUACUUGGACCAUGAUGAUGACUGGAAAGAGUUCAGAAAAUGUGUACGGUUAUCACGCGAAAUAUUCGCCCAGAAGGCUUUUGAUCCAUAUCGUGGCGACGAGUUGUCACCUGGUAAGGACGUCACGACGGAUGCUCAAAUAGAUAAUUUUAUUAAGCACAUGUCGGCAUCCGCAUAUAUCGCAUCUUAG